CAGGAAGAGAAUCCUACCCCCAGCAAAGCUGUGGAGAGAAAAUUUGAGAGGUCAUUUGUUUAUGAUGGUGACAACGGAGAAAACCCUGUUAUCAUGUCGCAACAUUUUCGCACAUUUGAUGGCAGAGGGCAGAGUGAGGGAGAGGAGGCAUUUGAUGCACAAGUGGACACGGAAAGUUUCUACAUCUUUAACGAGAAACUUUUUGCAGAUGCGUACAUCGACGAGGACUUCUGCAAGAUUCCGGAGUCAAAGGACAGCAGUGAAGCAGGAUGGUGUCAUGCCGUGCUGAGGUUGGCAAGACACUACAGUGAGCCACAUCCCGCUUUACGUAUCGUUGAUGAAUCGGCGUCCCCCGAUGGAAAGUUAAUGCAGCUAACAGUCUCAUCACUCAUGAGAACAUGUCAGACGGGGAAGGACUUUUCCUGUGGCGGGAAGUCAUGGUUUGUGCUGGUAAAUAAAGAGGUUGUUAUUUGUACAUACGAAGGAUGGGGCGAUAACCUGGGUUGUGUAGUUGCUGGAGCAGUUGCUCGUGCUGAUGGUCAUGAUGUCCACCCUGGUUUGUCAAAUGCUACAGGGGAUGACAGAGAUGAUGACCCAACUCCAGCAGACAUUCAAGGAACCAUCCACGCGGGGAUAGGAAGUGAACCUUUCAAUGAAAAUGUUGACGAUGAUGAAUUACACAACGGGGUCGCAAGUCAUAAUGAGAAUGUUAUACAUUAUGACUCUGCACGAAAAAUAGCAGCAAUGAUGUUAUCGGCAAGAGGGGGACUAGGAUUAUUUCUCACAGAUAUGGAUGCGUUACUUGCAAUAGUCCGUAAUCCACACUUCGAUCCUUGCUCGAUACCUUUUCGCACAGGAAAAGAGUGUCUACAGUGGACAGGUCGACAAACAGAGGUUAAUGCAUGGCAAGAAGUAGAUAUGAGGAAGGAAGAUAUGUGGUUCCGUGAUUGGAAGACGGCAUUCUUGUCAUUACUAGAAUAUGGAUUCAGAUCAAAGAACAAAUUAGUCAUAGAAGUUCCGGCAGAGACGGAUUAGAAUAGUCCAAUAACAGGUGCCAUAACGACAUCGAUGUUGAGGCACGUACAAAACACAGUGCGCACAGCGAAGGGGUUGGACAUGAGAGGGCAACAAAGGUAUGUGGUUCUUUUUUCGUUAUACUCAGACAAAACACAUGUGGAUGACAGAAUGAAACAAAUAGCAUAUCCACUC